UCCGUCGGUUCGCUCGCAAAGGAAACUCGUGUACCACUGAAAUGUGUCCGGCGGAAGUUGAGGCCUUGGCCUUGUUGUCACAAAAGCAAUGGCGAGCGGGAUAGGCAAACAUAAGAUUCUGAAUGUGGGGCCAACGGAACCCUGGUCGGUCAGGGAAAAACUGUGCCUGGCCUCCUCUGUUAUGAGGAGUGGUGACCAAAACUGGGUGUCUGUAAGUAGAGCCAUCAAGCCUUUUUCUGAGCCUGGUCGCCCACCUGACUGGUUCUCGCAGAAACACUGUGCCUCACAAUAUUCUGAGCUGCUGGAAGCAACAGAAGCUCCUAAACGUAAGCGCGGUGAGAAGGGCGAGGUGGUUGAGACCAUUGAGGAUGUAAUAGUCCGCAGGCUGACUACUGAGAGAAUAGAGGAGCUGAAAAAACUACUUCGAAACACACAAGAGCAGUACAGAAAGUUGAAGAAGGAGGUGGAUCUAAUACAGACAGGUCACAUGGACCCCCAGCUGAAGGAGCUCUGGGCAGAGAACACACUAAAAAAGAAGCAGGAAGAGGAGGAAGCAGAGCAGAAGAGGAAAGCAACAGAAAUGGCAUAUCAAGCUCGUCUGGCGAUUAAAAACACCCCCAAGCGUUUACCCAGUGUCACUGUCCGAUCCCCUCUGGGUACCAGCCCCCCCUGCAUGGAGCCCCAGACUGAUUCCUCAGUCCCCAUGCCACCUUUAGAACCUAUAGGCAUUUCCUCAGAUGACACCAGCACACACUCUGACCAAGGUGGAGGGAUUUUUCUCCCAGUGACUGAGGGUCCAGGCCCAGGUCCUAAAGAUGGAGGUAUGGCCUCUUUCAUAGAUGAUUCCCCACAGAAGAGGCUCCUACAACAGAAGGCCACACCUCCGCCUUCUCCUCUCCUGUCAGAGCUGCUGAAAAAAGGCAACCACAUCUCGGCCAGCACUCGCCUUGUCGCUGACGGAGACUCCUCUGGAAACCUUAGCAAUGGAUUACAGACUGCUGCUGCCGUCGCCAUGCCAUUACCAUCUGGCCAUGAUGUCCUCACAGAAGGGGAACUCGAAGCUGCAGUGAAGGCAGAGCUUGGUGAGGAGACGGGGUUAGUUGAGGAGGACAUCGUGGCUGUAUCUUACAUGGGAGAUGAACUAGAUUUGGAGACUGUAGGAGACAUCAUUGCCAUCAUCGAGGAGAAGGUUGAUGACUCGGUGGAGGCUUUGGAUGCAGCAGCAGUGGAAGCAGCUCUCUCUCUGUGUGAAGAGGCUGUUUCAGAAGGACACACACUCCCGGGUCCCUGGGAGACUCAGGAAUUAAAAGACACAGACCAGACUUCCACAGUCCAAGACUCUGACCACAUACAGGACCCUUGUGAUGUGGCGAGUCUAUCCAUCUCAACCCCUGUUGGCGUGGAGACGCAUAGUCAACCGGAAACUACAAUCGCAGAGGAAGAGGUCAAGGAAAACUGUGACAGCGCUGUGACAGAAAGAGAGGUAAAGUCGGGUGAUGUUGCAGCUAGUGGUGAGGUAACAGAAGAGGGCACUGCAGGGAAGGAGGACACUGAUGUAGUCGUGAAGAGUGAAGUAGAGUGGAACCAGCCUGAGACGAACCCACCUUACCUUGAUUCUGAGGACAGCUCUAUCUCUGGCAAAGAGUCUAAGGAGGUCAAGGAGGAGGAGGUGGGGAGUGAGUGUGACCCUGAAGAAGGGAUGGAGCUCAAAGAGGAGUGUGGCGAAGGGGAGGGUCCUUAUUUGUCAGAGGUGGAGCGAGCAGCCAGCGAGAGUGAAGAUGGCUAUGGGCUGUCCUCUCAACGCUACAUGGCGGAUUCAUUAGCGAGCAGCCCUGCCUCGUCUUCCCAGCUGUCUACAUGUGGUGAGGACCAAGAGGCUGUGCAGGCCCAGAAAAUCUGGAAAAAAGCCAUCAUGCUGGUGUGGAGAGCCGCAGCUAACCACAGGUAUGCCAGCGUCUUUUUACAGCCUGUGUCAGACGACAUUGCCCCUGGUUACCACAGUAUUGUACACAGACCCAUGGACCUGUCGGCAAUAAAGAAAAACAUUGAAUCCGGUGUGAUCCGUACGACGGCAGAAUUCCAGCGUGACAUCAUGCUGAUGUUUCAGAAUGCCGUCAUGUACAACUCGUCAGACCACGACGUAUACCACAUGGCGCUAGAGAUGCAGCGUGACGUCCUCGAGCACGUCCAGCAGUUCCUGGCCACCCAGCUCAUUAUGCAGACCUCUGAGAGUGCCAUCUCUGCCAAGAGCCUCCGUGGCAGGGAGGGAAAUCGCAAACCAGGCGAGCCAGCUGAGAAGGACAUGGUCCCAAUGGCCUCUCCUGCUUUUCUUCUCUCUCUCUUUGAUGGGGGCACCAGGGGCCGCCGUAGUGCAAUGGAGGCCGACCUGAAAAUGAAGAAAUAAACUUGACCCUCGGGAGGCAGAACGUUGGGAGCAGAGAAGGUGGGAAGUGAGGCGUAGUGUUUGAGUAGAGAGUUCAGUGUGCGGGCCUAGCGUGUUAGCAUCUGUGCUAGUGCAAUUGUUUGCUAUAGAUGAGCGUGGCCUGCGGACAUGAUGUGUUAUGAUACAGCUGCAUCUUAAUUUUGUUUGCAGUUAGGACCUUGGAUCGUAUUCAGGCAUCUCUUUGAUGGUGCGUUCACUGACAUGUGAAAGUGUUCAAUUUUAAAUGGCAUUUCAUUUUCCCACCGACCAAUGCAAACAUGUUCUGUAUGUUCUCUAUUUUUUUUUUUUCUUAAAUGUAUUUUAUUUAGGGAAUUUUUUUACAAGUGACAAAUCAUUGCACACUUUAUCUCUCUGUCUCAGUGAUUUAUCACCGUUUCCAUGACUUGACUAGGAGAACGUCUGAAAACGAAUCCAACCUCUCAAGCUAGCAUCACGUGCUUAAUAGUGCACUUUGGGGGAGAAAUAAGGCGAGUCAGUUGUUGCUGAACUAGUAUUGAUGUGUCCCCACGUAUCACUUUUAGGGUGAUGCCAGAGUGUGUGGCGUGAUGGCAUCAGACAGCUUGUGUAAUGUGUUCUAGAUGAAAGUCAGAAAACACCUUUUUUUUUUUACUCGUGUGAUGGGCCAUCAAGAGUUUGCGUUUGCGUAGCUGAUUUAUGUAUCAUAGUGUAUGUUUUGUUGUACAUUUGUUAAAUAAAAGAUUUGUUCUAA